AUGCCUGUACCUACCCGUUUCCCUAGCUCAGUUAACUUUACUACCCUAUCCUACAGUGUUUUCCCUCGUGAACUCACUAAGGCUUAUGAUGCCGACUCAAAGCGUGCAGUCAGUAUAAGCCUUGGUAUAAUCUUUGGAAUCCUACUACCUAGCUUGAUUGUCAGUAUAUAUUACUGCGUUUGCUACAAAAAAAGACGUAACCAUAAGAGUCCAAACGACGAAGAAACUUUCUGUACAAGCGUUUGCGGCGAUUUGGCCAGGUGUACGGUAUCGGAACAUGGGAACACCCAUGGGAAAUGCAGCAGUGAUAUAGAUACCAUAGGUGGCCCCAAGAGUCAGAUACGAGGUAACCCCGGAUAUCAAGAUACGAGCACGCAUACCAUGAAUACAACCCCAAAUGAGAGAACGGGUCGAAGUCAACAUCGUCAAGAAAUAUCAAGUCGACAACGUAAUGGCUUCCAGGAAAAUCAUGGAAGAAGAUAUCGGCAACGGGCGAUAAAGGUCAGAGACCCCAGACUAGGGACUGAACGUAGCGCUAGAAGAGCUCGCAAAAAGGGGAGCAAACCUAGGCGGUCCGAAGCACUGGUCUCGAAGUUAGAAACAAACUCAAUUAGCCCAGAACCAUAUAUACCAAGACAACGAACAAACUCACCACCUUUUGAUCUCACGGUUCCCUCUCGGUCCACUCAGGAAAACCCACCAGAUUCUGAUAAUCAUCAGGUUCCUUUCCAGAGCUACACACGAACUCGGCCACGAAAAAGUUCGAGAACAGGAAUCCUGCAAUCACAGGCGCCGAGCCAAGAUAGUAAUUCUGAUGUCUCAUACCCAGAAAAAUCUCACAUUCCACCUCUUAAACCAAUUGUUUCUAAGCCUCGGCCAUUGCGGGAGUUCGGGUCUGAGAACGACAUCAAACAUGAGGAUAGAAGGUUUUAUUCGUCUGAGAGAUUGGAUUCUGGAAAGUUUGCGUCCCCAGGAUAUUGCAUUUCUGAUAUCAACGCGCCUCCGUGGUCCAGUUCUGCCCGCCUUAUAGAACCUAUACCUCUUCCACUCAAUAUCCACCAAAACGUCAGCGCGAUCUCAUUUGAGGAAACACAUGGAAUAUCUAUCGAUAUUAACAGCGCCAUCCAUGAUAGAGAGGAAUUUGUGGCUUCCCGAAGUACUAUGGGCGGUGCUAAAUCGACAGAGCCCAAGAUUGAGCUAAAGCACCCUGGCACGUUGGUUGAUUUUGGGCGAAACAGUAGCCUAAGUAGAAUUUCCACCAUAUCCCGUGCUUCUAGAGACAUAGAUAUAGCGCAAGAUCCAGUGCCUGUGGGACCAGUAAUGAAUUCCAUAAUACGACAAUCUACGCCUAUACCUAUACAAAACCCAUCACCGAACUCGCUCACAACCAUCCUUAAUUCUCUCGAGAGAAGCCCCCAGUGGUCUGAUGAUAUAUCAUUGAACGCUAGCAUAGGAGCAAGUGACCCCGACAUCGCUUCAGACUCCCCUGUCAGACAUGAUUCGGGGGUAAUCUCUCCAACACUUCUUCGAAACAACGUUCCCCAUGUUUCUAUGGUUUCAAGCUCACCUAUGAAUGCUCGAAUCGGCGAUCGCUUGAGGGCAGACUCGCAAAGCUCCCCAACAAAUCUCAACACAACUUAUACUUCAGAAGAAGUCAUAAAUUAUCACUCGUCUUCCAGCUCAUCUUCAGAAUCUGUUGCCUCAAAGCCCUACUACAGGCCUCUAGGCUCACCUGUAGCUUCAGAUACUAGUUCUGUUAUCAGCAUGGCUGGUUAUCUCCUUGGAGCUGGUAUCCUAGGUCGUGAAUCUAGAGAUAAAUUUGAGUUCAACGAUCUAGAUUCUGUAUAUCGUCCAGUAGCAAGCUCUAUCGAAUCGGUUGAGGUUGGAAAAAUCGGAACUCGUUUUGUCCCUACCUCAAUGUCCUCCUCUUCGACAUUGGGCUACGAUGUUAUUUGCGCAUCGCCAUCUCUUGAUGAGAUCACAGUCCGCGACAACAAUCAAAUUACAUCCUCAAGACUCCCCAGAAAUAUAGGCAGUGAGGCUGUUUCCCUUUCUAGAACGCCUAUGUUAGUAGGAUUAAGAGAUACGAACACGGUUGGUAUAACAUAUGGGUCACCUCAAAAUUCAUCAGGGUCAGCCUCAAACGGCAACUCGCAGGGCCGUCGAGGAAAUCACGUCUCCACUUCAGAAGUCACAAUCCAUUAUCAUCCAGGAAAAUCAUCAGCCAGUACUGUUUCUCGGGGGUCCCAUAAUCCCAAAAAUAUUGCUGCCUCACGGAUAGUAAAUCCAUUGCCUAAAAGGAUUGACACUAAGAGUAUAAGGCGUCGUGGGGUCAAAACAGAGGAAACGCAAAGAAUGAGAGGUUCUGGACAUGAGUUCCGGGGUAUGCAGAGAGCUGAGCAGGUGCAUAUAGCAAACUUUCCCAUGGGGCAAUUAAAGUACAGGGCGACAGUGGAGAGCGUUGUUGAUAGUGAAGAUGAAACAAAUCGUCCGCAUUUUAUAGAAGAUCAGGGGUGA